AUGAACGAGCACGUAUCGCAACGACCUUUCGUGAGCGCGCACGCUGGUUCCAUAGAAUAUUCUGGCUCUUCGACGGCUUCCGCAAGAGAGACACACCGUCCGGUAUGUUAUUGUAGGGGGGUUUUCAUGCUUUGGUGAAUUGUGCUGACAUUCUCAACAGGUGCGAUGCAGCAGACGCUGACCCCUCACGUCUACUGGGCUCAGCGGCAUGAGGACAUCUACCUGCGAGUAGAGCUGAUUGAUGCGCAGAAUCUUGACAUCAGCGUGCAUGAUAAUGUCCUCAAAUUCAGGGCCCAGGGUCAUGGCGCAAGAGGACAGAAUGAUUAUGAGUUUAGUCUGCCGUUCCUUAAUGCUGUGAAGACAGAGGUGAGCCACAGGUCGACCCAGCGCCAGGUGAACAUCACGGUGCGUAAGCAGCUGAGUGGCUGGUGGGACAGACUCGCCCUACAGGAGAAGAAACCUAUUUUCCUGGCUCCUGACUUCGACCGCUGGAUGGACGAGUCUGACGCCGAGAUGGAGCUACGGGAGAAGGAGGAGAAAAAAAACCGACUGAACAUGGAAUCAAGGCUGUCAGAGGACUCAUUCAUCACUCUGAAGAAAGGUUUUCUGUUCACCUACAACCUGAUUCAGUUCUUGGGCUUCUCCUGGAUCUUUGUCAACAUGACCGUCAGACUCUUUAUACUGGGACAAGAUUCUCUCUCUGACACGUUCUACACCAUCUCCGAUGUGAUGUUUUUCUGCCAAAUAUUAGCCAGUGUUGAAGUCCUCAAUGCUAUGUUUGGAGUGGUCAAGACUGCUGUGGUUCCUGCUUUUAUACAGGUGGUUGGUAGGAACUUCAUCCUCUUCAUCAUCUUCGGCAGCCUGCAGGAGAUGCACAACAAACCAGUGGUCUUCUUUGUCUUCUACCUCUGGAGCGCUAUAGAGAUCUUUAGGUAUCCAUUCUACAUGCUGGGUUGUAUCGACACAGAGUGGAAGACAAUCACCUGGCUGAGGUACACCGCCUGGAUACCCCUGUACCCUCUUGGGGUGCUGGCUGAAGCGGUUGCAGUGGUCCAGUCCAUCUCAGUGUUUGACCAGAGCAGACUGUUCAGUAUCCCUCUACCUGAGGCCCUGGGCUCCUCUGUCAGCUUCUCCUGUGUCCUCUAUAUCUAUCUACCUCUCAUGGUCAUCGGGCUUCUCAUCAAUUCCCGCCACCUGUACAAACAGAGGAGGAAAUCUAACUGACCUCCUUCUCAAAAUACACCUCUGCUGCCUGUCUGGUGACAUCUCAUCAUGUGGGUGGCGAAAUUCCAUUCAACAUUUCCAGAAAUCCCAGUUCGAAAAACCUUGGAAUUUUGCAACCCUCGUCUUGUAUCUUCUGUUGUAGUUGAUAAUAGCAAUAUGAUGUUUUCCUGCUGACAAAACGUCCUCGGAGUAAAUCGCAUAAGAUUUAUGUUUUGUCAUGUCAAUUAAUAUGCUGAAUAAAAAAAAAAAUGAGCAGUUCCA